UGUCUGCCUGCCUGCCUGCAGUUAGGUUGUUCCCGCCUGCCACAGUACUACAGGGGGCAUAUCCCGCUGUUGUACCUACCUGCCCUGAGCUUAGGUGGGCCUGUUUGAGGGGACAUUGUUGACGCUGAGAGGUGGAAGCUCCCGUUCUGGUGGGUGAGUGUCGCCCGUUCAAGUCGUCAGUCGUCACAGCUUCGCAGCCUCCAUCCCGAACCCCAACUUCAGGCCAUCCACUUGCCAACCAACAACACGACUUUGUUUCCAUUCCUUGCCAUACUUGCGACCAGUCCUGUUAUCUACCUAAUCUCCCCGGCGCAUCAGCUCCGAUUCACCGACCCAACAACACCACGAUUGAUACCCAGCAGUAAACCAUGGCGUCCGGAUACGACAGAGCUCUUUCAGUCUUCAGGUCCGUCACACCUCGAUAUCGACGUUAUGCGAUGCGAACCCCGAGAACCCCACCAACUAACAUUCGAAUAGUCCCGAUGGACACGUUUUCCAAGUCGAGUAUGCCGGUGAAGCUGUCAAGAGAGGUACCUGCGCGGUGGGCGUAAAGGGCAAGGAUGUCGUCGUCCUUGGUUGCGAAAAGAGGUCGGCCAUGAAGCUCCAAGACACAAGAAUCACCCCCUCCAAGAUUGGCCUGGUCGACAAGCACGUUUGCCUCGCCUUUGCCGGGCUGAACGCCGAUGCCAGAAUCUUGGUGGACAAGGCUCGCCUAGAAGCCCAGUCGCACCGUCUCAACCUUGAGGACCCCGUCACGAUUGAGUACAUUACAAAGUAUGUUGCCGGCGUGCAGCAGCGGUAUACACAGAGCGGUGGUGUUCGUCCUUUUGGUAUUAGCACCUUGAUCGUCGGCUUCGACAACGGCAGCGAUGUUCCCAGACUCUACCAGACCGAGCCCUCGGGCAUUUACUCUGCAUGGAAAGCCAACGCCAUCGGCCGGUCAAGCAAGACGGUUCGCGAAUUCCUCGAGCGCAACUACAAGGACGACAUGGACCGGGAGGCUACGAUCCGCCUGACCAUCAAGUCCCUACUCGAAGUUGUGCAAACGGGCGCCAAGAACAUUGAGAUCGCCAUCAUGGCUCCUGGCAAGGAGCUCGAGAUGCUCCCUGUGGAGGACAUUGAGAACUACGUCAAGAACAUUGAGCAGGAGAAGCAGGAGGAGGCGGACAAGAAGAAGAAGGGCCGGACUCCUGGUACGGGCACUGCUGCCAUACUGACCAGGAGCCAGGAUGAGCCAGGUGACCACUAAAGGCGGGGUUGGCGCGAGCAAGUCGAAUGAGUAAAGGUAUCUGCGGCGGCGGAGAUGGGUAUGGCAUGAUGUAGCAGAGAUGUCUUGAUGCUGCUGCUACUGCGUACCACGUUUCAGAAAGAUAGAAGGAAGACGCCUUUAGGUACACAAGUAAUACCACGAAUGACGACCAAGCAAGGUCCUGAACGGACGGAAUA